GCAGCUGGCUCCCCGCGUGGCGCGCAGGUGCUGGCUCCGGGCGGCGCGGGGCGAGGGCGGCCGGCUGGCCAUGACCGGCGGGCCCUAUGCGGAGUGCGGGGCGCCGGGCAGGACCGCGGCGGGGCGGCGGUUCCCAGGGGGCCAAGUCUUUCCCGAAGGAGCUGGCGGGGGGCGCCUGUCCCGUCCCGAGCCGCAGCACACGGGCAGCAGCCGCCGCUGUCACCGGCAUGUCUGCGGGACGGCUCCUGCCUGCGCGCCCGGGAGGCUCCCUGCACGGAUCCCCCCGGCUGCAGGAGCCCUGACGGGGGAGGCGAAGCUCGGCCGGGUUUGAAAGUUUGCCAGACACCCGCUAGGUUUAAUUGUGGUCAAGAUCCGCGGGGCGGCGGGGGGCUGUUUCCCAGCAUGGGAGACAGGCGGCCGGAGACUCACGCCAGCUCUUCCCCUGCCGUGGCUGCCAGCUCCGAAGCAGAAGAAAUAGAGGUUUUGGAGUCGGAGGAUGUCUUGCCUAUGGCCACAGAGGAUCACUGGAAAGCUCUGUUUGAUCAGUUUGACCCCGAGAGCACUGGCUACAUCAGCACUGAGAAAUUCCGAAACCUCCUCCAAAGACACGGCUCUGAGCUGGACCCACACAAACUGGAGGUGCUCUUGGCCUUGGCAGACAAUAAUUCAGACGGGAAGAUCUGUUACCAGGACUUCGUCAACCUGAUGAGCAACAAAAGGUCCAAUAGCUUCCGCCAAGCCAUUCUGCAGGGGAACAGGAGGCUGUGCAGCAAGGCACUGCUGGAGGAGUCAGGACUAAGCCUGUCCCAGAGGCUAAUUCGACACGUUGCGUAUGAGACCCUGCCACGCGAGAUAGACCGGAAGUGGUACUACGACAGUUACACCUGCUGUCCUCCACCCUGGUUCAUGAUUGCCAUCACCAUUGUAGAGGUUGCCUUUUUUCUUUACAACGGAGUGGUAUUAGACAGAUUUGUGCUGCAAGUCACCCAUCCUUUAUACCUGAAGAACUCAUUAGUGUAUCAUCCUCAGCUCCGUGCUCAGGCUUGGAGGUACCUAACCUACAUAUUCAUGCAUGCCGGGAUAGAACACCUUGGACUCAAUGUUGUUCUUCAGCUUCUGGUUGGGGUUCCCCUUGAAAUGGUACAUGGAGCAGCAAGGAUUGGCUUCGUCUACAUUGCUGGAGUUGUAGCAGGUUCCCUGGUGGUAUCGGUAGCUGACAUGACUGCGCCAGUGGUGGGUUCCUCUGGAGGGGUUUAUGCGCUCAUUUCUGCUCAUCUGGCCAACAUAGUAAUGAACUGGUCUGGAAUGAAGUGCCAAUUCAAGCUGCUGCGCAUGGCUCUUGCGUUGAUCUGUAUGAGCUUUGAAUUUGGAAGGGCUGUGUGGCUGCGGUUCCAUCCAUCUGCUUACCCCCCAUGUCCACACCCAAGCUUCGUCGCCCACCUGGGUGGGGUAUUGGUUGGAAUCACAUUGGGCGUGGUCAUCCUAAGGAACUAUGAGCAGAGACUCCAAGACCAGUCCUUAUGGUGGAUCUUUAUUUUUAUUUAUGUCGUCUUUGUAUUGUUCGCCAUCUUUUGGAAUGUUUUUGCCUACAAUCUGUUGGAUCUGAAGCUACCUCCACCUCCUUGAGAGCCUGGGACAGAGAACUCUGGAGGGCAAAAGACUUUUCCAUCUGCCAGCUAUGUUAAAUGAAUCGAAACCAAGGAUUUAUUUUUAUAUGACGAUUAGGGGAUAAGUAAAUGGUCUUCUGAAAAUGCACAAGUUAAGGAAACGUGUGACAUCGUUUCUGGCUAACUGUACUGUAUGCUGAUGAAGAUGAUUUAAGCUAAAAACUAACAGUAGAACUGGCCUGCGAGAAGUUUGGGCAUGAGUCAUACAGGUACUGUUAACGCUCAGUCGGGACCCAAUCCUGCAGCCUCUCCAUUGUGGCUACUCCCCUGAGGAAGGGCUGCAGGAUCAACCCUAUGUUUGUAACUGGGCAUUUACCACUCGGUUUAUUAGCGCACACACUGAUGUUUAGUUUGGGUCACUUAAAUUUUUCCAGGUUAUGCUGGAUCCGUGACUAGUUGGUUUAUGAAACGCCUGUGUUUAACCGAACAGUAAAAGAAAAACAAGCUUCACUUUUACUAACUAGAGCCUAGGUGCUGGAACUAGGGGUGCUGCCACACCCCCUGGCUUGAUGUCGUCAUGACAACCCAAAUACAUGGUUUCUACCUUCAGCAUCCCCACUGUAAAAACUGUUCCAGCACCACUGAACUAGAGACUCAGAGGACGCUGACGAGGCAACAUGAAUUUGGUUUUAACGGUUGAGUUUGACUGGCCAGCCAUGCCUAGGGUGACCAGAUGUUCCUUUUUUAAGGGGACAGUCCUGGUUUUUGGGACUUUUUCUUAUAUAGGCGCCUAUUACCCUCCACCCCCCCGUCCCAUUUUUUCACAGUUGCUAUCUGGUCACCCUAGCCAUGCCACUGCCAUUGUCUUAUUAAUUGAAUGGUUGCUUAAAUAUUUAGUCUGUAGUAUAGACUGUCUUAAGCAACUUCCAAAGGGGCAAGCAAAACCCAUCAUGGUAGACGUUGAUCUUCAACUAAAUGUCAAACAAGAUUGCACUAGAAACCUUGGGGGUACCAUAAAGUGGUUGUUUCAGACAGGACACCGUAUCAGAGGUAGCUCUUACCAUCAGUACAUGUUUCACUUGAUUUUUACAACCCAUUGUGGUAAAUAAUGUGGCUGAGUUUUCUUUUCUGGGUGGGGGCAGUUUAGGAUUUUGCUAAUGGUCAGUUGUGUUUUAUAUUGGUUGACAAUCAGGUUGUUUUAUUCUGCUCUUUCUUUCUGGCUCUGUAUGGUCUAAUGCCCUGUCUGCAAAGAGUUUGGAAAGAGUAUCAGAAAGUCUCCAGCAGGGUUUGCUUAAACUCAGUUCUUGCUAGAAGAGUGUGGACAUGAUUUCCCUCAUAUAAAACCAUACUACAAACCAUUCAAUAUGCUAGAGGCCAAGUUUAUCCACCAAAGUCAGCGGAGUUACACCAGGGAUUUAUUUGCCACUAGUUCCCUACCCAAGUCUGUCAUCCCUGGCUUGGCUGGUACAACUAAUGCUUGUAAAAUACUGGGAAUAACUGUUGUAUGUGAACACAAAGUCUUGCCUAGGCAAUGGACCUUUAUGGGUUCCAAGCAACAAUUAGUUGUGAUGCCUUUUUGCCUAGUGUAGUUAGGCCAUAGGUUUUAUAGAUCCCUGACUGGUUUAUAGUACAGUUUGUAAAGCAUGACUCACCAUGCCUAUAUAGACCAGGGAAACCAUGUAAAACCCUUUGUAGUAUGGGCCAUGCUUUAAGCACAAAUCUCUAGUAAAGUGCUUAUGUUAUUUCACAUUUCACUGUUGAUAGCUACCUGCACAGCAGAAAAAAAAAAAACAGUCCAGGAAGGUGGAGGAUUUACCCUCUUAUAGGUUUCCCUUAAUCCUCUGUCCCUUGUAUAUUGUCAUAGAUUUUUAAGGCCAGAAAAGACUAUCAGAUUAUCCAGUGUGACCUCCUUUAUAACACAGGCCAUAGAAUUUCAUCAUGACCAAAGCAUAUAUUCUGUCUUAAAUGGAUGCCCUUGAUAACACAGAAAAGGUGUGUGUGCAGAGUGUGAAAUUCACCCCUGUGCAGAGGGCCAGCAGGAGGCCUAUGCAUCAGUUAAAUCUCACCUCAGACACAUACUGGGGGCUUAGGUGAGAUGUGAUCAGGGAAUAGAUCUUGUUGGUCCAGUGCAUGGGGUGAAUUUCACCCAUCCCAGAAGAUGGGGGUAGGAGACAUGGCUUCUAAAUCACAAGCUGAGAGGGUCGAAAAUGCUCAAGUUUUUUGUGGGAAUUUUUUUCAUUUUUUCCCCAUUUAAAAAAAAAAAAAUUGAUGGACAGUUUUUGACCAGCUCUAUUUGCCAGGCUUGUAAUUCCAACUAGCUGGGGAAAAGAGAAUCCUGACAUUGUCUCCUGAGAUCUGGGUCUCCUAUGUCAAAGGCACCAGGUGGCUUCCUAAUCUCUGCCAGAGACAAGCUCACAUUAUUAGCUGAUUUGGGCACAAUUUGGAAUCAGUCUCGCUGUCACUACAGCAGCGAGUUUUGUUUGUCUUUCAGUAACACCUCUCUUCAUUCCUGAGCUUUAUUCUCUUGCCCACCUAGAUGAUGCCAGUGCUGAUGCUGAAGGCUGUGACCUCCUCCCUAGUGUUAACUCAGUGAUGUUCUUCAUGUCAUUUUAAUCCCUGCUGUUUGGAUAAAACACUUGCCAUGGUGAAAGCCUGACUCCACUAAACUCAAUGGCAAAGCUCUCAUCGACUUCACUGGGGUCAGGGUCUCACCCAAUCUGUUUUUAGGGUAUUAAAUGAGCUUUAUCUGCAAAGGAAACUUUUAUUUCCCCUUCUUCAUGCGCAAUUGCAACAGCAACAAAAUUGUUCCCCUUAGUCUGAAGCAUGGUUCAUAGGACGCCACUUCGAGGAAGCCUUGUAAUAGGAAAGCAUAAGGCCUAUUGUUUGAGAGCACUUGUGGGUUUCUUUGGUAUGGGUCCAAUUCCAAGUUCCAUUUUAUCCCUGCAGUUCGGAGCCAGCUCUAAACAAUCACAUGUGCAAGAGUUUGGAUCCCUUGUUCCAGGUUCUGGGUGUUUCAUAGUGAUAGAUGCAGUGUAGUUGUAGCUGUGUCAGUCACAGGAUAUUAGGGAGACAAGGUGAGGGAGGUAAAUAAAAGAUAUUGCCUCGCUCAUCUUGUGUCAUAAUGAUAGAGACAGCAUCCUUGAGUGGGUGGGAGAACAGGGAGAGAGGAAUAACUAGAGAUUAAUUAGUUGCUUAAAAAAAUUGUUCAGAUUGAAGGAGGAGGACAUCUCUGUUUCAAUCCCCUUCUCUGGAUAUUGCUAAAUCAUACCUUUUACAGAUGCCUUUAAACUAGAACUGGUCAGAAAAUGGAGUUUUCCACAUGGAAAAUUGUGAUAAAAAUGAAAAAAAAAAUUCAUUGACGUUUUCAGCGGAAAAAAUGACUUUUCAUCAACAAAACAAAAAACAAUUUUUAGUCAAAACUUCCAAAAAACAGAGGGUUUUUUUGUCCAAAAACUGGAAAAUAUUUUUGGUUUUCAAACAAAAAAACAAACAUAUUUUUAAAUUUUUAAUUUUGAGGAAAGUAAACACUUACUUAAAAAGAAGUUUUGUCAAAAACUCAAUUUUCCAUCAAAAAAAUUCUAUAGAUCAUUUCCAAUCUGCCCUACUUUAAACCUCAUGAAGAUUUCUUCUGAACAUUUUUGUUUUUGAAAUGCACCAAAGGGGAAGGAAUUUACAUGCAAAUUCCCAAAGAACCUCCCUUCAAGGGCACUCUCUCCCUCUUGAAAAUCUCUGUCCAGCCUCAGUGUAAAGGUGUGUCAACUGCCCCUCUGAGUCACUGUUCUGAAGAAUGCAGGUUCGUUGUAGUAAAGCGCUGCUAGAUGGGUCUUUGGUGAUGGAGAGACUAUUUUACAUCCUAUUUCUGCCUCACCAUGUGUCAGUAUUUGAAUGAGCGAGAGGGAAAGAAAUCAACAUAUUAUCUAUACUAGAUAAUUGAAGGCUGUACCCUACAGCUUGCAUGUUAGCAAAACUCUUGUUGACCUCACUGAAAGAGGUAUAGGAUUAGUCCUUAAGGGUCUGUUUCUACAAAUGCCUCUGUCCCUGCUGUACCUGUUCAGUGGCUUAAUAAUGGACUUUAGACUCCAAGGCCAUCAGUCUCCUCGUCAUCUGUCAUCCUUUUCCUGGCACUGGCCAAGAUGGCUGUUCAUCAGUCCAGGAGGAUGAAGAUGGAUGGGGGAAUUCUCUUUGACGGUGGGACCAUAUUCCAGUCCCUCGUUGAUUAAUUCAUCUGGGCAGGGUUCCUUGGAGGAUCUCCACUAGUUUCUUGGAUCCCUCCUUUUGAUCAUGUGACCUGCCUCCCUAUCCCUGUUUGUGCAUUUUUGUUGUCUCAGUGAUCUGUUGAUUUUUCUGUUCUGUUGCUCCCUUCCUCAUCUGAAGGAGCAGGCCUUUCAUUGCUUGGGUGGGCUCUGCCAACCAAUCCCAGUUCUCAGGCUGGCACCUGAAACCAGCACUAAAUUCACACGUAUGGAUGAAUAAAUCAAACGUUUUAUAUUUCAAUAUGUUAAGGGUGAAUUCAUUCACACAAAGGCAAGGCAAUGCACUAAAUCUAUGCUCGCGGUCACCAGCUCAGAGAUCAAGGGCAAUACAAGGCACUUGGGCUGAGAUCUUUACUCCCUUUUUUAAAAACUGUUUGAUAUUAACCAUUUGAAAAUAUCAAAUAAACUGCACAAGCUCUUUAAAAUAAUGUCAAAAUCUAUCAAUCUCAAUGAUGCUGUCUUUUAAAUUCACCCCAUUGUGCCAGAAUGUUGCAGCACCAAUGAGUGAACAGAGGAUAGAUUUUCUCUUUCACCUCCAGAUGUCCUUGCUGUUGCCAGUUUGUGCCAGAGCCUUAACAUUACUCUUCUCCAGUCAUUUGUGGAUGAAUUGGGACUUACAGUGGCUCUUCUCAUCUGGUCAUGAAGGAGCAAUUUACAUAGUGAAUUGAUUUUUUUUUUAAUUCAGCUGCUAGCAGAAUUUCACAUUAUGUAGUUCAACAAAAUGUGAACCUAUUGGACCUUACAGAUACUUAAUGUCAGAGAGAGAGGAAUUGUUAUGAUCAACAUGAAGGACACUAGUGAAUGGUGUAUAUUUUAUAACAAGUUUUUCCUUUUGCUAAUGUCCUUGGACAAGUUUUUCAUGGUGAAGAGAGAUGUGGUAAACCUGUAAGAGCUAUUCCCAUAGUUGAUGUUGAAUUGCAGCACAGCUACUGUAUAGGAUUAUCCAGUAUUGGGUUUAGGGAGCAACUGGACAGGAGGAGUAAUGAAGACUGACUCAGAAUCUGGGGACACUGGUAAUACAACUCCUUGAGGGACAUCUGCUGGUCAAUUCAGAGGCUGAUGCUGGCAGCUGCUUUUACUUAGAACUCCAUGUUGAUAGCUCCUUCUCAUGGGAACCAAAAAGAAAGAAAUUAAUAGUGGCCAAAAAAAAGCACCACCCAGAAUGAAAAGACGAGUGCACAGUCAGUGGGAGCUGCAAGUUGCACCUCUUAUUUUUAGAUCCUUGGAUCUAGAAACAGUUUUUUGCACACAUCACUAAUAUUAAAUAAAGGAAGAAGCCAGACAAGGGGGGAUGGGAUAUGAGCUCGUGAGAAAUAACCUCUAAAUGUGGGUUAAGGGAAAAAAAACUUUUUAACUUUUGCUAAAUCUUUAACUAAGCAUUUCAUGUCCUUUUUCCAGUCAGCCAGUAAUAAUACUUAGCACUUACAUAGCAUAUCACAAAUAUUUAUGAAUCUUCACUACUUGCUUAGGUAGAAAUAAGUAAGUAUUUUAUUUAAUUUUAUAAAUGAGGAACCUGAGGCUAGGGGAGUUACAACUUGUACAAGGUGACAAAGUGAGCCUUUGUCAGAACUGGGACAAGAACUCAGGGAUCCUAUCUCCCGGGCCAUGCUCUGUCCAAUGGAUCAUACUGCCUCUGGUUUUCAGAUUGGAGAAUUUGGGUUUUAAUUUGUAUACAACAAAUGGAAUCCUAUGCUCGGUCCCAAAAUAGUGUGGCCAUCUCACAAAGUCAAUAGACCUCCUAAGAUGUCCAUGAUUUUGUGCCAACAUUUUAUUCUCGCAAGAUUUCGAGCUGGAUUUUCAAAAGCACUUAAGUUAGGAGCACAAAUCAUAUUGAUUUUCAUGGGACUUGAGCACCUAACUUACUUAAGAGUUUUUGAAUAUCCCACUCUUUGGUUUUACCUGAACUGUAACCAGAUCUGACCCCACAUAGGCAGGUUCAGAUCUAGCAAGCCAAAGGCCAGUAGAUUUGGGGUUCUGGUUUUAGUCUCUCUUAUUAUUGUAAUGCUUUUUCUUUUAAAAAGUGACAGCCUUAGGGUACUAUUUGCUGCUGCUUAACAACUCCUGCAGCUCAACACUUCACAGCACAGACACUGAGAACUGGUUGAAGACGAAGGCAAUAUAUUCAGCUGUUCACUAAAAGAAUAAAUCACGUGUGAAACAAAAACAAACUGUUUUCAAGGUAAAUGUAUUAUUAAUGUCAUCAUUAAUCUUUGGCUUUUAAUAGGAAGAAGCUCCCUAAUGAGGUUCUUUAAAAUGCCAGAACAUAGUACAGCAAAUUUUCAUUGCUGCGCACUUUACAACACGUGAAAAAUUCCACAGGCCUGAUUUAUGCAGCAAAAAUACAUUAAUUUCCAAUGAGUUUAGUAGACACAUUAGUCACCAAAUGUAUCCUGACUCCCCCACAGAGUCUGUUUAGUUUGCAAAUAAAGCUAGAUUUAUGCAGCUUGAUUUUCUUUUGCUUUCAUUAUCAAUGCUAAUGCCUCCUCCAAGUGUUAAUCACAGAGCACCAAACCACAUAAUUCUGCCUUAAAAAUGCUGAACGAUUGAUGCUUCACCAUCAAGGGCUAGGA